AUGCCAAAAUCCCAUGGAAAGGGAUCCGAAGGCAGCCAGAGCUCUGUGAAUGGAGAGAAAAGAGGAACAAGGGAGGAUCCUGAAGAGAAAAUUGAGGUAGAAAGGGAGGAAAAUCAGAAGUGUUGGAUAAUAAAAGGGGAGUUGUCCAUAAUUGAAGGCAAUGGCACCCAAGGUCACACAACAAGGGCAACAAAUGUUUUUGAAGUUCAAAACAUCACAAGAACAACAGAAGUACACCUAACCAUCGAUAGCAUGGAAGAAAAUGCAGUCCAGGGGUUCAAGACCUGGCAACAAAAAUCCAAGAACCUUUCUUGGGAAGAUCUUGAUGGCGGGUUUGGGGCUGAUAAUAAGUGCAGUGACAUUGUUGAUGUUGCUUCUAAGAAAGGUGCAAAAGUUGCUGGUCUAAGGGAGGAUAAUUUGACCAAGGUUGGUGGGAAAAAUACAUCAGGUGAAGAUUGUGAUGGCAAUGGUGUGACUCUUGCUUUUCAGAGUGAAGUUGCAAAAGCUGCUGAUUUUAGUGAGGAGAGUGUGGUAGGUCUUGGUGCGUAUUCUAAAACAGUGGAGGAGAAAGAUAGAGGAAAGAAAGCAGAAAGUGGUAAGAACAUGGUCAAUACUACUUCUGAGAAUAAAGUAGAAGAUGUGACUGUAUUGAGUGUGGAUGGUUCAAAAGUGGUUUGUGUUGAGGAAGCAAAAGACGAGGGAGGCAGUGAAGAGGUAGAAAAGGACAAAGAUUGUUCUGAGAACACUGUGACUAUAGGGGUUCCAAUUGCAGAGACAAGUGAAAACAUGGUGGUACACGUGAAGGACUUGAGAGAUAAAGGUUAUGGUUUUGCUUUUGGUGAUUUUGGUCGGGGACAAGUCGAGAGUAAACCUUGGUGGCUUGGCCUAAUUUAUGACCCACCUGAUGACGCAUUGAAGAUGGAACAAAAGAACAGAUCUUCGGUUACCUUCUUCCAUCACUUUAAUGCAUUUUGGGACAACAUUGAUGAGAGGGUUAAACAGAGUAGCUGCAUCGAUUUUGCCAAUGUUGUAGAAGCUGCAGGGGAGGUUGGAAGGCCUCCGUCUAUGAAGCUGAGUCGUUUAGUCAUUGACAAGCGAACAGGUUCUGAAUUUGAAUUUACUCUCGCAUUUGGGAAAAAUUCUGGAAUUAAGGAAGGAAUUGUGCCCAAAACUGGCAUAGAUAGACUUUUAUAUAGUCAAACUAAGCCAGCAAAUUACUUCCUCAUGUGA